CCACGACGGCUUCUCACUGUAGACACACAGAGCAACGGUACAACGCUCAUCGAACUCGACACUAAUCAUGGGCCCAUAACUUAUGCCUGUUUAUCUCAUAGUUGGGGCUCACAUCAGCCGCUGACUACCACUACCGCAACUCUACAACAAAGAAAGGACAGAAUUGAAUGGCAUGAGCUACCAAAAACGUUUCAAGAGGCUCUGUAUCUGUGCAACCAAUUAGGAAUAGCAUAUCUGUGGAUUGACUCGCUCUGCAUCAUCCAAGACGAUGCAGAUGAUUGGACAUAUGAAGCAUCAAAGAUGGCCGAGGUUUACAGUAACUCUUACAUCACUAUAGCCGCCUCAGCAUCUAGAAAUGAUACGGAAGGUUGCUUUAGAAGCGUAUACAGGAUUAUCGAAGGCAAAUGGACUAUGGCAGGCUCAUGGCCUCUAAUGCAGCGCGCUUGGGCAUUCCAAGAAAGGCUUCUAUCACCACGAGUCCUCCACCUCGGCCCCUCUGAACUUGUCUGGGAAUGCCAAGAACACACUCGAUGCGAAUGCUCCGAGAAGGACUCACAGUUCGAUUCGCCGCAUCUCAUUCGAAAGAGCGAGUGGUGCAAUGGUCUAAGACAUCAUUCUCAGAAGACUGCUUCAGAACUCUGGCAGAAGAUCGUCAAAGAGUAUUCUUGCCGGCGUCUCACGUUUCAGAGAGAUGUAUUUCCAGCACUUUCCGGUAUUGCCAAGCAGUUACAUCAAAGCUUCGAAGGAACAUCAGAAAACCCAGGUACAUACUUGGCUGGUCUGUGGAGAAACGAUUUGAUGCAGCAGCUCAUGUGGUUCACAACUACUGCAAACUGCGUUUCAAAACCAGUCGGCCUAAGAGAGCUGCCAGCCCCGUCCUGGUCGUGGGCUGCUGCUGAGGGC